CAUCGCUGAGGCUUCAUCUCUCUGCCUGUCUGCGGGCGUCUGGGACGGAUCUGCAGGAUUCAGCCGCAGCACUUGUUUUGGGGCCUAUAUUUGUUGCUCACCACCACCAGCACCAGCUGAAAGGGGAAUAUCUCACCAUUCCACCACCAGCCAUCACUGUCCUUUUCUCUGCUGCUGCUGCCGCCGCUGCUCUGGAUUUUGGCGUUGGUACUGUCGGACUUUAACGCAGGGGGAUUUAUAUUUGUAUUGAUUUCCAUCUGCCGCCCGGUCCACAGCGGACACCGCCACUUUUUCUCACUGAGGGAUGUAUCACAGCGGGGUGAAGUCUGCGCUCUGAGCAGGGGAGAAUAUUAACGCACUGUCUGCUGAAUGAACUACUGCCGUGCGCCUUUGGUUUUUGUAGCAGGUCUCUCAUCUGGAGAUGCUCUGACCGGGGUUUGUGGUCCGUGCGCAUCCCACUGGCUCGGGAUAUAAAGUGAAGAAAUCAGCCCUUUGUGGAGAGCUUGUCGUCUAAUUUUUUUGACGCACAGAUUUGGUUCUUUUGAGACGGAUUGUGCACCCGCUCGGAGGCGCGCAGGGUUCACCAUGGGGGAUUCGAUGUGGAGAUAUUAUUUUGGAGUUUUGUUUAUUGCCUUCAAAGUGGACUUGUGCCGGGCGCUCAUCCUGGAGUCCAUCUACUGGAACACAACAAAUACCAAAUUCGUGCUAGGCCAAGGCGUGGUGCUGUACCCCCAGAUCGGGGAUAAAUUGGACAUUGUAUGCCCGCGCGUGGAUGGCGGGGCGGGUGACAGUGUGGAGUAUUACAAGGUGUACAUGGUCCCCAGGGAGCAGCUGGAGAGCUGCACCAUCACCAAGGCCGACACGCCGCUCCUCAACUGUGUGAAGCCUGACCAGGACGUCAAGUUCACCCUCAAGUUUCAGGAGUUCAGCCCCAACUUGUGGGGUCUGGAGUUCUUCAGGGGGAAGGACUACUACAUCAUCUCUACUUCGAACGGCACCAUGGAGGGCAUCGACAACCAGGAGGGGGGAGUGUGCAAAACCAAGUCCAUGAAAAUCAUCAUGAAAGUGGGACAAAAUCCCUCUGACCCUAUUUCACCCAAAGACAACCCCACCAGAGUGCCCUACUCUCCCAAGCACUCAGACGGCAAGGAAAACUACAACCAAAAUGACGUGCUGGAGAAGCCAGAUGUAGCACCGAGAGAAAGCAACGACAACAACAACGGUGGAAAGUCCUCCAGCAUCAUCGGCUCUGACGUGGCCAUCUUCGUCGGCAUCGCCUCAGGCAGUGUCAUUUUCAUCAUCAUCAUCAUCAUGCUGGUCCUGCUGCUGCUCAAGUACCGACGGCGGCACCGCAAGCACUCGCCGCAGCACGCCGCCACGCUGUCUCUAAGCACCCUGGCCACGCCCAAGCGGAGCGGAGGCGGCGGGAACAAUAACGGCUCGGAGCCCAGCGACAUCAUCAUCCCGCUCAGGACUGCUGACAGCGUCUUCUGCCCGCACUACGAGAAGGUCAGCGGCGAUUACGGCCACCCGGUCUACAUAGUUCAGGAGAUGCCGCCUCAGAGCCCGGCCAACAUCUAUUACAAAGUCUGAGGGGGAGGCGGGAGACAAACUGGAACAGUCCCCGGGCAGAGCAGGUUUCUGGUUCUGGCACCGCCGGCACGCCCGCAAACAAACACUCUCUUUCUCUCUCUCUGUCUCUCUCACUCUGUCAACUCCUCCUCCUCUUCUCUGCUGUUUUGUCACUAUUCUUGUCUUUGAUACCUUGCCGUCUGAUGUGGUCACAGUUGGCGCGGAUGGGUUGAGUGCAGGGCCAGAGGGAAGCCUGCUGCUGUCACUGCUGCUGCUCUCUGGGAGUUCUGGGAAGUGGAGAGAACAAUCUCUUCUUUCCCCGGUGUCGCUGCCUGUUUUUUGGGGAAAACUGAGUGUUGUUGAAUCCGAAAGUUUGACAGAUGCACAGCGUGUUGUUUCUUUGGGAAGGACAAACGGACGUAUGGAUGUGAAGGUUUCCUGGGGCGAAAGGAGGAAAAGGAAAUUUUUGACCUCACCUUAAAGAGAGACUACUGCUUGGAAAAAGAGAGGGAAAGGGACAAAAAAUGAGUGAGGAGGAGAGGUAAAGGAGGAAAUGGGCUAACCAUGAACUCACAAAAUGGCUGCCCUCCCUUGAUGCUCACUAACCAGAGAGACUCUGUGGAUUUACCCGCCGGACGAGGAAGAAGGAGAGAGAUUCUCACACCAGUCCUCUCCGGGACUCUCCUGACUGACUCUCUGAGAUCACCCAUUCACCCUGCCACCCACAUGCUCACCAUCACAUGCACACACAUUCACCCACACGUGCAGACACACACUGUCUCGCCGGUCAAUGUGAACGCUUUGGGUUGAAGUGUGGAUCGCACCAUUUCUCCUCAUUCCCAGAUGUUUUCAGCCGACCGCUGUCUGCGCCCGGCUGAAAACUUGUGAUGUUACUUGAAGGUUUUAAAGACAGAAAAACAGUUUUUUUUUUAACUGUCAACAUUUACCUUUUAUCUUGUUUUUGGUCAUAUCUGGUUUUCAUACGUGGUUUUCUUUUCCUUUAGUGACAUGUCAUGUGUGAUGUUCAAACACGAGUUACCCAACAGUGGCGAGACCGUGAAAAGAGGGAGUGAAGACUUUUGUAAUUUUGCACCCUACCCCCCUGAGAGGGCGCAAAAACCGUCUGUCCAGGUGGCUCCUGGGAAGAGUGGAGGACUUUCAUAAACAUAGAGCAGCACUUUUAACCCCUUCUUGGUACCUCCACUCCUCGCAGCGAUCCAUAUGGGACACAGUCAUAGCUGGAGAUGGGAGAGCAGCUGUAUCCUGUCAGAUUUAGUAGCAAAGAGCUCACCUCAAUGUCUCUGGAACCUGAGCUUUUCACACAGGAAAGUGUUAGGGGCAAUAAAAAAAUCCAAUUCGCCUUACUGCCAUUGUUUUGCAUCAGGUGAAGAAGAGGCCCGAGGUCUAGUCGAGGUUAGCGCAGCUGGCUGAAACAGCUCCAGGUACUGUAAUGUAGGAGUCCAUUGAUGAUUAAGGUUGCCCAAAAUCAGUGUGACUGGUGCUCUCCUAUUCUCGUUAAAAAAAAAAAAAAAAAAGCACAGGGACAUUACUUACAUUUUCACUGUUUCUCAGUCUCCAUUAGCAUUUCCAUAUUGUGAGGUUUUGAUUUACUUCUUUUUUUUGUUACAAAAUAGAUGUACAUUUAAAAAAAAGGACAUUGCAAAGAUGAAAAAUAAAAAAAAUAAAAAAAUAAAAAGCAGAAUUUAUUUAUGAUAGACACAUAGAGCACAGGUGUUGUCAGGCGGUAUGGAGAGGAAGAAGAAGAAGUAAUGUUAAUAUAUUAUGGUAUAAGUGCACAUUAUGCAAUCUAGGUUUAUGAUUAUUUGAUAUCUCUCAACCCACUGAUACCAUAUUUCAUGAGCUGUCGUCCACAGACACAGGGCUCGGUCCUGGGAAGGAGGACCAAGGGAGGGCGACCUGGGCCCCCCCCCGGCCCCCCAGGGGAGUAGAGUUAUCUGACCCAAAAUAGCUCACAUUGGUGUACACAAGGGCAGAGUAGCUGUGUCUCCCACACUCACUCUGUGUAGCAUCUCCCAAAGGAUAUUUCCCAUGAACACCCAGUGCCCCCAAUUCUCCUCAUACACACCUUUCAUAUUCUCUGUGCAUGUGUGUGUACGCGUGUGUGUGUGCGCGCGCGUGUGUGUUGAGCAAGACUAUAUUUCAGUGAUUUCACAUUCAUUAAUAUCUUUGGCUUAGGAUCACGAUUGUGACUGAGGCCGGUCACGUGCAUUUAUCAGGCCAUCAUCAACGUCAUGUGUUCAUGAAGAACAUCAAAUUUCACCGAAAAGCCAAGCCUUGUAUGAUCUGAGGUUUGUGCCUCCAAGAGGCUACAAAAUCUGCAAAUAUGCAAUUCUUAUUUAUUUUUUUAAUCAAUUAUGAGAAAAAAAACACCUAUGGAAAGUGUUCUUAACCACUGAAAGACGUAACAACAAACAAAUGACACAAAACUAGCAAAGUACUUCACACAAGCCUGCUGUUAGUUUUUCUUUCCUGCAUUAUUUGUAGUAUUAUUUGAACCUUUUCUUUUUGAACUAUGUGCCGUAGUACAAAGGUAAACUGUGAAAAAUGAAACCAUUACAAAUCAUAUAUACGUAUACCACACCUGAACAGGUAUUUAAGAAAAGGUGAAAAGAGACACACUUAUACAACAAAGAAAUGUCUGUUUAGUUGCUGUCUGUCUGCGGCAGAAAAUGACAAUCUUAUUAGUUUCUUUGAAUCUGACGUCCUUUUCUUAGCAGCCACUCGACUAACGCUCUCCCAACAGUGACCAGGACUGGUUCAACCUGUUAUGAAACGUCAUAGCAAUGCUGUGGGAGUCUUAGCACACGGGCUAGGAGAAGCACCUCAGGCUACUGUAAAUGCCUUGCUCGUAUGGUCAGCCCUUGGUCACUUGACACAGUAAUUUUGCACCGUACUUCUGUAGGUAAGAAACUGUAAAUACAUUAAUGUUUGUAUUGUAUAUGGAUCCUGGGUUGUUACAAUAGCCUUAUUCACCUUUUUAGGGAAGUAAAUGGGAAAAAAAGUCCAGAAAAAACAGAAUACACUUCAGUAAAACAGAGCAUACUACUUUUUUGGUAAAUAGCUGAUGUACAUAUUGACCACAACCCAAUAAAAACAUUUUUUUAUAAACUCUUAAAGUAAGAUGUUUUGUAUAAAAUUUGAAUUUUUUGCUAUGUAUUUUAGCUAGCGCGCGAUGGAAAGCCCAUGUCCUCCCCACUCCCUCCCCUUUUGCACUGUUUCCAUGGUAAUUUGGUUUAAAAAAAAAAAAAUGAGAGAAAAGUUGCCAAACCGACUGCUGCAUAUUUGUGCCAUAAGUGUGUACCAUAAAUAUUUAUUGAAUUAGUUUCUUUUUUUUCUUCUUUGUUCUGUUUAUGAUUUAAUUUCAGUCCAGUUUGUAAGUAACACAGUAUUAUAUUUGCAUUGUUUGUUCGUCUACACCUGGUUUUCUUUAGUUACGUCAUGGUUACUGGGUGGCUGUAGCCCUCUUCUUCCCUUCCUUGCAGUAUGAGAUGGCCAGGCUGUGAAAAAUGGUUUUAACUUUAAAAAUUUCAAACAAGUUCAAAGUGAGGAUAAAUGACACACAUUCCACCAGUCUGUUACAAACUGAAAAUGUUUUUCAAUAAAAUGUUUUUCCUAUGGA